AUGCUAUCACGUAGAAUAAUCCCCUUUCUCGUCGCUGGCAUAACAGGCGUCGUCUCAGGCGUCUAUAUAUUCAAGCCAUUGUUGGAUGAGAGUUCAAGGAACGAUGUUGACGCUACCAAAUUACCUGCCAGUGAACCGCCAGAUUCACCAACCACGUCAUCUCCCGCGACCGUGAACUAUUUUGCGACGAAAGGGGAACAGGCGAAGGACGCCACUCCCACAAUCUCCGCGAAGGCGAAAUGA